AUGAUAGAAAUACUAACCACCAGAUUCUUGCUUGACUUGAACAGCACUGUGUUGGGUCGAAUUGAAGCUUACUUGAAGAAGAAGUUAGCUCAACAGAGAGCUGUUAGUCAGGAUAUGCUGAAAUUGUGCCAUACCUUCUCAGAGAACUUGUUUGAGCACAACGAUCAGGUAGCUAGGUGGACUCCUGUUUGUGGUGCAAAUGCUACAUAUUCGUUCCUGUCACAAAGACCUCAAAAGGGUCAGGGCCAGAGGACUUCUGUAACAGAUGGCUUAGCACCAACCACUGUGUCUACUCAAAAGUUGGAUGGUGAAGUAUUUGAACUGGAAGUUGACAGCACGUCAAAUAGCCCCAGCAGUGAGCCAACGCCGUCCACAACCACAGCUGUCACCUCAGCUAAUGAUUCGAAUUGGUCAGUAGUGUCGCGAUCUCCUAAAUUAGGAGGCAACUCUCCAUCAUUUGGAGCGUCAACUCCUCGGCCCAUUCUUGGAUCUUCGCCGCCUGUAACUUCGAUGGCAAGCUCUCCUAAUCAAACGCAACUGCAGACACCAUUCAGAAAGUCAAGGGCUCCAUCACUAGCGUCCUCUCCAGGACAGGCGGAUUUUUCACCGAGUCCAUGGAAAGUGGGACCAAACACUAGUGUUAAGGGCCCUUCUAAAACUGGCGCAACUCCGUACAGAAUUUCCCCAAUGGCCUAUGGAAGUGCACCGAAGUUCUCACCUGGUGGUUCUAGCUCUGGGUUUAACACAACCCCGAAUAAUUCCACCGUACCUUUGUCGACAAUUCCACUUGGAACUAAGCAGCCCAUCGUUAAGUCCCCACCAAUCACGAGAAGUAAACUAAACCAAGCGGGGUCGGCUUUGUCGUCUGCAUCAUCAGUAAGUGUAGCAAGGAGAGGGUCCGCGUCUUCGUCUUCCCCUGCCCCUGCCGCAAUUUCAUCGCCAGCGGUAGGAUCUGUCUUCACGCCUGUAGUAAAAGAUGGGCCAUCUGUAAAAAUGUCUCAGAAAGAAAGAAAGAGAUUGCUUAGGGAGCAGCAACAGCAACAGCAACAGUCUCCUCAGUCGCAACAAAAAGACAUCGCUCCUUCGACACCUAUGGGAUGGGGUAAUCCCUUCCAGCCUAGCUCACCAUCUCCCUCGCAAAGUCCCUGGAAUGUACCUCGUACAAGUCCUGCGGUGGCUACUGCUUCGGUUCCACCUUCUGUUACCGCGGAAGUGCGAUCAAAGACAACAUCUAUACCAGCACCAGGCUCCACAGUUACAGAAGCAGAAUCCCCCUUUGCCAUGUACGCCAAAGGCAAAGAGAAAGCGAAGAAGCCAAUUGAACAAGAGUCUCCGGCUUUCACAUUGAAUGAUAUCAUUCAGCAGGAGAAACAUGAUCUUAAGAAGAGAAAUGAAAAAAGUUCUCGAAGCUUGAAAGAUAUUCAAAGAGAGGAAGAGUUUGAGAAGUGGUGGGCUUUGGAAUCACAGCGAGCUCAAGGGGUUGGUCCUGUAGAAGAUGAAUCUUCUUGCAGGCCCGCAGAUACGAAAUCGCAUAACAACAACCGAAGAAAGCACGGCAAGCCUAAGAACCGUGCCAACUCCAAUACUCAGUCGCAUGGAGAGAACCAUUCAGGACCUAAUAAUCAAACGAGUGGUGAAGCAACUUCCUCUAACAAUCACCAGGGCCGCCGAAACCAGCGGCUCACUGUAAAUACAUAG